AGUGUAUGGAAUUGUGCUAAUGUCUUCGUUUAGGGGGCUAUGUCGACCUCGGCCUGUGGUCUGCAGCCGACCCUGUAACCGGUCUGCUUUGCUGCUGUCUCUCCACCUACCUACCGUUCUUCAAGUCUAUGCUUUGCGCUCUCGGCAUUACCUCUAAGAAUGACUCGUCCCCGCCUAUGUCUACUCUCAAGCACCUCUCAACUCUCAAGCGACACCGCUUCUCCAACGCUCCAACUAUUCCCCCGUUUGAUGAUGGAUUUGACAAGCGCGACAGCGGUAGCGAUACGUAUGUGCUGACACGACCAUUGGAGGCGCGUCUAUGGGAUGGUAGCAGCCGUGGCAAGAGCCGUGUAUAUGCUGCAGGCGGGAGUGAUGCGGAUAGUUCAGACGAUGAUCUGGAGAGAGGUCAAUCAAGAAGAGGGGAGACGUUGCAGGAGGCAUUGGCAUCUAGUCGGAUGCCCAACACAGGAGAUAGCUUGGCGGAUUUGUGGCAAGGAGGUUAUCACGGUAAAGAGAGAAGUUACGGUGACAGGACAGAAGAGAAGCAAGUAAGAAGCUGUGAAUACGUAGCUGCAUUUGAGAGGCGCGUACUUGGGAGGAAUAGAUACGAAUAGACUGUACCAUAUGUUCAAAUCAAUUGGGUACUCC